CACAGACACAAAGGCGGAAGUGUUGCCGCUAUGGCGGACCUUGGUAGACAGUUGCAGGAGUACGUGGCUCAGAAUAAAGCUGGAAAUAGUGGCAGUUCUUCCUCGGUUUCUUCAUCCAACGGGGAGCGCUCAGAAGGGGGAUGGAAGACCUGGUUCUCCCCUCCCAGCACUGGAUUGUCAUGGUCAUGGACCCCUGUGGAUCCAGAUCCCCUGCUGCCAGGGAUGUCGGGGUCUCAGCGGCUGAUUGGAGCUAUGCUGUGUGCAGUAAUGGCCACAUUGUGUUUCGCCCUGGCAGGACUGUAUGUGCCGCUGCUCGUACUCCGCGCCCGGAAAUUCGCCAUGCUGUGGUCUAUGGGGUCCCUCCUGGGCCUGUGCGCCGCUGCCCUCCUUCGGGGACCCAGUCGCCUUCUCCGGGAGCUUGACCCAUGGUUCCUGUUGUACAUGGUGGCGCUUGGUGGCACUUUGUAUUCUGCACUGGGGAUCCGCAGUACACCGCUCACUGUGCUGGGAGCCAUCGCACAGAUCAUCACCGGAGCUGCCCUGCUUAUGGGGAUGAUCCCUGGUGGAGCCGCAGGAAGACGUUAUAUCAGUGGACUUUGUGGAAGUUUGGUCAAGAAAGGAGUCUCCAAAGCCCUGCCAGUGUGAGGCGUGACCCAUAAACACCAGUAGACCAUCAUGGGGCCCAUACCGGACUAAGGGCUCUGAUGUGGUGUUUAUUUG